CGAUCGCGUCGUGCUGGGCGGUUGCGUUGGCCUUCUACUCUCUCCUCUAGUCCUCUUCUUCUUCGCCAUCGGCAAGCACCGCCGCCGCCGCGGAGGAUUCGAAGGUUGCGCCGGCCAGCGGAGGAAACCCUAGAGGGAGGGAGGCGGGGAAGCUGCGGGUGCGGGGGAGUCGCCAUGUUGGGGAAGGGGUAUGACCUCGAGGCCGGCGGCGCGUCGGAGCCGCUGUACCCGGGGAUGGUGGAGAGCCCCGACCUGAGGUGGGCGCUCAUCCACAAGAUCUACGUCAUCCUCUCCGUGCAGAUCGCCAUGACCGCGGCCGUCGCCGCCUUCGUUGUCAAGGUCCGCGGCGUCUCGGAGUUCUUCGUCUCCUCCAAAGCCGGCCUGGCGCUCUACAUCUUCCUCCUCGUCUUGCCCCUCAUCGUGCUGUGCCCCCUGCGCUACUACCACCAGAAGCACCCGGUGAACCUGCUGCUCCUUGGCGUCUUCACCGUCGCCAUCAGCUUCGCCGUCGGCAUGACAUGUGCCUACACGAGCGGAAAAGUCAUUUUUGAGGCAGCGAUUCUCACAGCAGUGGUUGUAAUCAGCUUGACUGCUUACACUUUCUGGGCUGCAAAGAGAGGCCAUGACUUCAACUUCCUCGGCCCCUUCCUAUUUUCUGCUGUGAUGGUGUUGAUUCUGUUCUCCCUGAUUCAGGUAUUUUUCCCACUGGGCAAGAUCUCUGAAAUGAUAUAUGGUGGACUGGCAUCACUAGUCUUCUCUGGAUACAUCAUCUACGACACGGACAAUAUCAUCAAGCGCUACACGUAUGAUGAGUAUGUCUGGGCUGCUGUCUCGCUCUACCUCGACGUGAUCAACCUCUUCUUAUCUCUGCUGCGAGUGCUGAGGGCAGCAGAUAACUAGUUCAAAGGCUAGUUCUCUACCCUGCACAUAACGAAUGUCCAUGGAUUGCUGUACUCUGAUUAAGCAUCACACUUGUGUUGAUUCUGCUGUAAAUUCUUGCUUAGCGGAUCCUGGAGACUUUUGAUGGAACCGCAUAAUUGAAUUUCUUGGCUAUGUUACAAAUAAAUGCAGCUGUUGCAUCGUUCUUUGCUCGCUGAAAA